GCAAUAUUCUUCAACAAUGUCUCAUGCUUCUUCUUCCAAAAGUUUUGCAAGUACGAUAUCUUUUUGAGUUUUAGAGGUGAAGAUACGCGUAGAACCUUUGUGAGUCAUCUCUAUAAGGCUCUGGAACUAAGAGGAAUCCACACUUUUAAAGAUGAUGAACGGUUGGAAGCAGGACAAUCAAUUUCUGCUGAACUUUUGAAAGCCAUAGAAGAGGCCAGAUUCGCUGUCGUAAUAUUUUCAAAAAGCUAUGCAUCCUCAAGAUGGUGCUUAGAGGAGCUUGCACACAUCAUAAAGUGUAAAAAGGAAUUGGAGCAGAUUGUGAUUCCAGUCUUCUAUGAUGCGAGUCCAUCAGAUGUACGCCAUCAAAAUCCCCCUUUCGCUGAUUCAUUUUCCCAACACGAGGUAAAAUACAAAGAUGAUAUGGAGAAUGUUCAAAGAUGGAGGGAUGCAUUUGUGGAGGCAGGGAAAAUAUCAGGCUAUCAUUUACUUAAUUUCACGGAUGAGGCUGAGUGCGUCAAGAAACUAGUUGAUGACAUAUUUCCUAAGUCACUUCAAAUUAUUUCACCUUUCCCGGAAAGCUUAGUGGGUAUGAAAUCUCAGGUUGAGAAAGUAACCUCAUUAUUAGAUAUGGAAUCAAACGAUGUUCGCUCUAUUGGUAUUUGGGGUAUGGGCGGCAUCGGCAAGACAGAAAUUGCAAAUGUUCUACAUCAAAGAUACCGCCAUCAAUUUGAAGCUGAUUGUUUUCUCGGUGAUGUUGGAAAUCUUCAUCAGAAAAAUGGACUAACAUGGCUACAACAAGUCGUCAUUUGCAAGCUCUUGGGUGAAAAAUUGACUCUAACUAGUGAGCAUGAAGGGAUGAAUAUUUAAAGAAUAUGCUUCGUUGGAAGAAAGUUCUGUUCACCAUCGAUGACGUAAACCAUCAAGAACAGUUGGAAUUUUUGGUUGGAGAGCCAGAGUGGUUGGUAGGGGUA